CAUGAACUGAUAACUUUCUGUAAUCACUGUUAUGACACGUAAAUGUUAGGAACUGGAUCUUUAACGCCCCUGUACAAGGCGAAGUUAGUUACUACAUAUAACAACAUAGCACUAUGUUAAAACAAUGUUAGUUCUGGGUUUCGCGUUAUUACUCAUACACGAAACAAAAUGUCUGACAACAAAAUUUGUGGAGAUCACGAAGGUACCCCUGAAGCAUAUCAACGAAUUGCAGGACUUGGCUCAGUUUGACGAUGCCCAGCACCGGGGCCCGCACUGGUACGACUACUCCGUGGACCCUAUCGACGUCGCCAGUUCCUUGCACUCAGAAAAAAGCGAAACCAUAUCAAUUUCUGCGCAUACUUCGUCGGAGGUAGAUAAAGGCUCGCACGAUUCAGCAUCAGACACAGAUGAGAAAAGACAAACCUUUAAGAGGUACCGGACCUGUCAUCCUUGUCCUGAAGAUAUGUUGAAGAAGUACACGAAUAUUGGCAUCAAGUGGAUCUGUGCUGCUUACCAGAACGCCAGGAGAAGCUUCAAGAGUCAGUGCAUGCUGAGAUACAGGAACUGCCAGGAUGGCACAAUGUUUGUGAAGAUCCAUGAGCACAAAUGUAGGAAAGACCCGUUCCAUGGACGAAGCUGGUUCUAUGGCUACAAAGUGUAGAAGUAUACAACAUUAAUGUAAACUAUGAAGGAAAUAAACAUUUAAUAUUA